GCGAGCAGCGCUCAGUUAAGAGGCGAACGUCGAGCGCACAACAGACCAUUUAAGCGAUUCCACACAGAAUAUACUAUAAAUAGUUGCAGCUGAAAAACACCAAGGCAAACUCAAGUUGGGCAAAGAUUUAGUUCGAAACGGAAACAAAGCUCGACAAGUGCAAAUAAUUAAAGCACUAAUCUCUUGAAUCCAUUAAAAAAAAAACUUUACCAAUCUAAAAAUGAGCAAAUUGCCCACUAAUAACAUUAGCCCAUCAAAACAAAGUAAUGGUAAUGGUAAAGCUAACAUUUUGGAAGAUAAGCUGGAUCCCAAGGUUUCGAUCGACAUGGAGGCACCAGAGUUCAAAGAUUUUGCCAAAACAAUGGUGGAUUUUAUAGCCGAGUAUUUGGAGAACAUACGCGAAAGGCGCGUUCUGCCGGAAGUGAAGCCCGGGUACCUGAAGCCCUUGAUUCCGGAUGAGGCGCCCGAGAAGCCGGAGAAGUGGCAGGAUGUGAUGGAGGACAUCGAACGCGUCAUCAUGCCGGGAGUGACCCACUGGCACAGUCCCAAGUUCCACGCCUACUUCCCCACGGCCAACUCGUAUCCAGCGAUUGUGGCCGAUAUGCUGAGUGGUGCGAUUGCCUGCAUAGGAUUCACAUGGAUUGCCAGUCCUGCGUGCACGGAACUGGAAGUGGUCAUGAUGGAUUGGCUGGGCAAGAUGCUGGAUUUGCCCGCCGAAUUCUUGGCCUGUUCGGGUGGCAAGGGAGGCGGUGUAAUCCAGGGAACGGCCAGUGAGUCCACAUUGGUGGCGCUCCUGGGAGCCAAGGCCAAAAAGGUGAAGGAAGUGAAGGAGGAGCAUCCGGAGUGGGAUGAGCACACCAUCUUGGGCAAGCUGGUGGGCUAUUGCUCGGACCAAGCUCACUCUUCCGUGGAAAGGGCUGGACUUCUGGGAGGUGUAAGGCUCCGUUCGGUGCCCUCGGAAAAUCACCGGAUGCGUGGUGGUGCUUUGGAUGCGGCCAUCAAAGAGGAUCUGGCCAAGGGUUUGAUUCCCUUCUACGCCGUCGUUACCCUGGGCACCACCAACUCCUGUGCCUUCGACUACCUGGACGAGUGCGGACCCGUGGGCAACAAGCACAAUGUGUGGAUCCAUGUGGAUGCCGCCUAUGCCGGUUCCGCUUUCAUCUGUCCCGAGUAUCGACACCUGAUGAAGGGCAUAGAAUCAGCAGACUCCUUCAACUUCAACCCACACAAAUGGAUGCUGGUGAACUUCGACUGCUCGGCCAUGUGGCUGAAGGAUCCCAGUUGGGUGGUCAACGCCUUCAAUGUAGAUCCCCUUUACCUGAAGCACGAUAUGCAGGGAUCAGCUCCGGAUUACCGCCACUGGCAGAUCCCACUGGGACGUCGCUUCCGCGCCUUGAAGCUCUGGUUCGUCCUCCGACUCUACGGCGUGGAGAAUCUCCAGGCACACAUCCGUAGGCAUUGCAAUUUUGCUAAGCAAUUCGGUGAUCUCUGUGUGGCGGACUCCAGAUUCGAACUGGCCGCCGAGGUGAAUAUGGGACUGGUCUGUUUCCGUUUGAAGGGCAACAACGAGCAGAAUGAAGUCCUGCUGAAGCGAAUCAAUGGACGCGGCAACAUCCACAUGGUUCCUGCCAAAAUCAAGGAUGUGUACUUCCUGCGUAUGGCCAUUUGCUCACGUUUUACCCAGUCCGAGGAUAUGGAGUACUCCUGGAAGGAGGUCAGUGCCGCUGCUGAUGAAAUGGAAAAGGAGAAGUAAUGUGGUUGUACAAGGGUCUGUUUCGGGUUUUAUCUAUAAAAGAAAAUAUAAAAAUUUCAUUAUUACAAAAUGUUAACGAAUGGACCAAGCUACCACAAGUAUUUCGACUUUAAAGUUAAGUAUUGUAAUGGUAACAUUAUGUGAAAUUAAUAACGAAACAGACCUUUAACUAUAACUCAUUUGCGACAUGUUUAGGGAAUUUACAUCGCAAUAAAAGAUGGCAGGCUUACUCUCCUCCAUCCCUUCAUUAGUAUUUAAGUGUCCUAUCAUCGUAUUGUUGAUGUUGUUAAUGCUUUUAUUGUUAACGUUCUACGCCUAAAUAAAACAUAUUGUAUUCUGCUUAAAAAUA